AUGGUUUCCGAAGCUCCACGGGCCUUUGUGCGCAUGAGAACGCUUCACGGCCAUUUCUCGCAGUCUCCCUUUGAUGCAGCGGAGGUAGAGCAGCACUUGGACCUUUCGCAGCACGUCUUCCUCGAGCUGCGGCACAAAACGCGUGUAUAUUCCCUUGCUUGCGGUUACAUCGCAAGACAGCCGGAUGUGCAGUCCUUGCGAUACAGUCCGGAGCUGCUGUCCGGCAGCCUUCAGGAGAGUGAAGUACGUACGGAAGCCACUCCGACGACCAUUGGCCUCGGCUUCUUCGAAUUUCAGUGGAAGGGCCAUGAGUUGAGCGCCCUGCAUCAGAUGUUCGGUUCACCUGUCGGUGCCGGGAAUGCCGUGGACGUUUUCACAAACUUAGUCUUGUUUGCGAAGAUCGGAGAGGCAGAGGCUUUGCCAUUGUUCUGCAACGAGAUUGUUCAGGAGAGCGAGCAAGUGCAGGCAGGUUUCAUCAAUGUCUUCGAAUGGCAUCCCACUCAACAGUACUGGCAAGCGCGGGUUGUGUGCCCGGCGCGGCCGAUGGCAUCCAUCAUCUUGGAUGCAGGAGUAAAAGAGAAGCUGCUGGCUGAUCUAGACGAGUUUCUGGCGCCGGAAACUCAAAAGUGGUACAAGGAGCAUGGAAUUCAGCACAAGCGAGGCUACUUGUUUUAUGGAGUGCCUGGCUCCGGCAAGACAUCGCUGGUGCAGGCAAUUGCAGGCCAUUUUCAGCACAAUUUGUGUUAUGUGCACUUAACGCACCCCAACCUCACGGACGAGUCCCUGAGGGCAGCAAUGAACCAAGCGCCACGUCACUCGCUUCUAGUUUUUGAGGACAUCGACGCGAUUUUCGGUCGGGAUCGUGAGAAACUUCUCGCCGACUCGGUGUUGACCUUCUCAGGCCUUUUGAAUGCCCUCGAUGGCGUCGGCAAAGCUGACGGCCAGAUUUUCGUCAUGACGACCAAUCACCGUGAUCGACUCAACCCUGCGCUGAUCCGCAAUGGCCGAGCAGACCUGCAUGUUGAGUUUUCCUAUGCCUCGGACAGCCAGAUCGCUGGUAUGUUUGCUCGAUUCUAUCCUAGCACCGAGCAAAGCCAAGACUUUGUCAACAACCUUCGUCAUCGCCUGGCGGGUCGGCCCGUGACGACAGCCGCGCUGCAGCAUUUCUUUAUUCUGCACCGAAGGAGCUCGGCGUUGCAAGCCUUGGACAGCGUGCAGGACGUUGUGGAGGAGUUGGAGCAGCGCGCUGACGAACAGCGGAUGAUGCUUGAAGAGACAGGCAACAAAGCCUGA